CAUGAAUUUAUUAAUGAAAAAUUAUGUAUAUCUGACUGCAAAAAAUAACAAUAAUGCUGGAAGUUCUAAAUGGAUUUCUUCUCCUUUAUAUCGUAAUCCUUUGUACACUGAGUGCAUUAGUGCCAGUUUUGGUAAAACCAAUUGCUUCAUGCUUCGUGAGGCCUUCGAAUGAGGAACGUUCUGUUUGGAUAGAAAUAGUAAAGUUCAAGAAUGAACAGCAAAAUUUAUCAAUGAAGGAUGAUUUUGCGGCAUACUCUAAAAUACAGCGCAGAAUUAAUAAGCUUGAUAUGUUAUUAAAGGAAAAUGCACAGACUCGUUUAAGUAAGAGCUUAGCUAUAAAAGGCUCUAUAAAUAUUAUAUUGCAAGCUGUGAUUGGUUUAGUUAUUGUCAUAUCUGUGAUUUGGUUCAGACGAGAGCCAAUAGUAGCAUUAGAGGGUGAUCUUUUUCCUCUAACUACAAUACUUAGAUAUCCAAGUGAUACACCAAAUGCUGUAUCAACACAUGUGUGGGUUUUAAUAUCUAAUGUAUCCAUAAGAUCUUUGCUCAAACCUCUCAUUUCCUAAAUGUAAAAUAUAUUGACUAGAUAUUAUAGCAAUAACAAAGUGUUAUGAGGUUUUUGUUGUAGUAGAUGAAAAUAAUAACUAACCAUUUCAACAAGGCAAAGUGCCUGUGUAAGAAACCUGGCAAAAUUACCUCCUUGAAAGGCCAUGGUCUUGGUCUAGUUUUUCAAACUUAUGUUUAACCACUGACGUAAUGUGCUGGCCAAGGCAACUGUUUGCUUUCAAGUCACCUGUAAAUUCUAUGAGAUGAACUGACAAUCCUUUAAAAACGUGUAAUGGCCUAUUCCAUUAUAAUUCCACUUUCUUGCUCCCAGUGGGGCCGUCUUUAAAGAGCUUAAAGAACAGUGUUCAGAGCUUCCACUAGGAGCUAAUGGGAUUAUAAUGGGAUAGUCCGAUCUAACAAUCGUAUUUAUAGUAUUUAUAAAUUAACACAAAGAUUAAUGAAAAGGUAUGGUUUGAAUAAAAAAAUGUUUUAUA